GGGAGGGAACUGGGGGGAACUGGGCAGGCACAGCACCACUCUGGUGGGGCUGUACUGGUCUGUACUGGUCCCACACUGAUCCAUACUGGCCCGUACUGGUCCAUGCUAGCCCAUACUGUCCCAUACUGGUCCGUACUGGUCUGUACUGGUCCGUACUGGUCCACAGUGGUCCGUACUGGUCCGUACUGGUCUGUACUGUCCCAUACUGAUCCAUACUGGCCCGUACUGGUCUGUACUGGUCCGUACUGGUCUGUACUGUCCCGCACUGGUCCGUACUGGUCCAUACUGUCCCAUACUGGUCUGUACUGGUCCGUGCUAGCCCAUACUGUCCCGCACUGGUCUGUACUGGUCCGUACUGGUCUGUACUGUCCCAUACUGGUCCGUACUGGUCCAUACUGGUCCGUACUGGUCCGUACUGUCCCGCACUGGUCCGUACUGGUCCGUACUGGUCCGUACUGUCCCAUACUGGUCUGUACUGGUCCGUACUGGUCCGUACUGGUCCAUACUGGUCCAUACUGUCCCAUACUGGUCUGUACUGGUCCGUACUGGUCCAUACUGUCCCAUACUGGCCCGUACUGUCCCGCACUGGUCUGUACUGGUCUGUACUGGUCCAUAGUGUCCCAUACUGGUCCGUACUGGUCUGUACUGGUCCGUACUGUCCCAUACUGUCCCAUACUGUCCCGUACUGGUCCGUACUGGUCCGUACUGGUCUGUACUGGUCCAUACUGGUCCAUACUGGUCCAUACUGUCCCAUACUGUCCCAUACUGUCCCGCACUGUCCCGCACUGGUCCGUACUGGUCCAUACUGGUCCAUACUGGUCCAUACUGUCCCAUACUGUCCCAUACUGUCCCGCACUGUCCCGCACUGGUCCGUACUGGUCCGUACUGGUCUGUACUGGUCCAUACUGGUCCAUACUGGUCCAUACUGUCCCAUACUGUCCCAUACUGUCCCGUACUGUCCCAUACUGUCCCGUACUGUCCCAUACUGGUCCGUACUGUCCCAUACUGGUCUGUACUGGUCUGUACUGGUCCGUACUGGUCUGUACUGUCCCAUACUGUCCCGCACUGGUCCGUACUGGUCCAUACUGGUCCGUACUGGUGCAGGGGGAGGUGCUGGAGCGCAUCGAGCGCCACGUGCAGGACUCGGGGUCGCGGCUGCGCAAGGGGCACCAACACCUGGAGGGGGCGCGGCUCGGCCAGCAGGGGGCGCGCAAGAAGAAGCUGCUGGUGGCCGCUUGCGUCAUCGUCACCCUCCUCAUCAUCGUCGCCAUCAUCGCCGCUACCGUGGCAACGGGGUAGCCCUGCCCCAGCCGGCACUGGUCGCUGAUGUCACAUCCUCGUCAUGACCCGGGGGGGCGGGGCCUCCCGAUGGCUCCGCCCCCUCAUUGGCCAACACUGCCUUAAGCCCCGCCCCCUUCGGCUGGGACCCACUUCCUGUCUCGAACGACGUCACUUCCUGUCCGGGGGGGGGAGGGGCCACACAACUCCCCCACCCCUCCCCCACCCCCACCCCUUAGGUGGGGGGCGGGGCCCCCCCCAAAUAAAGCACUUUUCAC